AUGUCUGACAACGGCUUGGUGGCUGUGCACGUGCGGCACGAGUCCUAUACGGUGGAGCCCGCCUUCCCAGGCCCGAUAUGCGUGCUCUAUGUGAAGGACCCCGCCGGCGUGCUGCACGUCUGUGUACCCAUCCAGGAGUUCGGCUCCCAGGUGGAAUAUGGCAUGUAUGUGGUGUGGGUGACCAGUUUCGCCGAGCUCUUCAACCAGACGGGCCAUCACUGGGCGCUGGUGCCGCAGCCGCCGUCCACGCCGAAGCCCGACCGCAUCUGGCGGUGCUACAGCACGUCCGCCAAGAUCCGAUUCCGCUGUGACCGGUGCGGCAACAAAUGGACGUCAAUCCAUGGCCAGGUGUCCUUCCAGUACUUUUUGCGCAAAGGAUCGGGCGCGGGCACCGUCUUCUUUCAGCUGUUUGGCCAGAAGUGCUCCGUGUGCGUGCGCCAGCGGCUGCGCGAGCGCGUCUCUGCCACUGCGACCACCGCCGUGUUGCUGGAGCUGUACGUCCAGGUCACCAGCAAGCUGUACCCGGAUCUGCCGCGCGUGGUGCCGCCGUCCGGCCAGCAGCGCCGCUUCGGUCAGCCGCAACAGCAGCACGAUCUCAGCCUGUGCCAGGGCUGCGCGGCCGGCAUCUGCCGUAUGAAGCGGCGCGGCCGGAGGGUAGUGCGAAAGUGA